AUGAGCGCAGAGAUCCGCCCCUUCACCAUCUCGGUGUCAGACACCGAGAUUGAGGACCUCAGGGCCCGGCUGGCCCUCACCCGCUGGCCGGAGGCCGAAGUCGUCGACGACUGGUCCCAGGGGAUCCCCCUGGCCUAUCUGAGGGAGGUGUGCGAGUACUGGGCCGGCGACUACGACUGGCGCCGCUGUGAAGCCGCCACCAACGCCCGCCCCAACUUCAUCACCGCCAUCGACGGCCUCGACAUCCACUUCCAGCACAUCCGCUCGGCCCAUGACGACGCCCUGCCGAUGAUCGUCACCCACGGCUGGCCCGGCUCGGUGCUCGAGUUCACCAAGAUCAUCGAUCCGCUUGUCGAUCCAGUGUCCCACGGCGGGGGAGAAGGCGACGCCUUCCAUCUGGUGCUGCCCUCGCUGCCCGGAUACGGCUUCAGCGCCAAGCCGUCGGCGCCGGGCACCGGCGUGGAGCGCAUCGCCGCCAUGUGGGACGAGCUGAUGGGCCGCCUGGGCUACGACAGCUACGUCGCCCAGGGUGGCGACUGGGGCUCGGCGGUCACCACCCACAUCGGCAUGCAGAACCUCGGGCGGUGCCGGGCCAUACACACCAACAUGCCGGUGGCCGGGCCGUCCAAGGAGUCGAUGGCGGAUCUGACGCCCAAGGAGCAGGCCGCGCUGGAGUCGAUGGGCUACUACGACAAGUGGGACUCGGGGUACUCCAAGCAGCAGUCGAGCCGGCCCCAGACCAUCGGCUACAGCCUGGUGGACUCGCCGGUGGGACUGGCCGGCUGGAUCCUCGAGAAGUUCUGGUCGUGGACCGACCGCAGCGCCCACCCCGAGGACUACUACAGCCGCGACCAGCUGCUCGACAACGUGUCGCUGUACUGGUUCACCGCCACGGGCGCUUCGUCGGCCCGGCUGUACUGGGAGAGCUUCGCCAACUUCGCAGGCGGCGAGGUGGAGAUCCCCUCAGCGUGCAGCAUCUUCCCCAACGAGGUCUUCCGGGCGAGCCGGCGCUGGGCGGCCAAGCGCUACACCGACAUCCGGUACUGGAACGAGCCCGAGGCGGGCGGGCACUUCGCCGCCUUCGAGCAGCCCGAGCUGUUCGUGGCCGAGAUGCGGGCCGCCUUCAAGUUCUUGGACUGA